GGUGGCUCUGCCCAAACACAUCCACAGGCCCUUUAGCGCCGGGCUUGGGUGGGAGCGGUGGCGGGUGUGGACUGCUGGGUGCUUGCGGGGAGGGAUGGCCCGAUGGACCGUCCUGUGUCGUCGGCAGCGCCCCGGUGCGCGCCUCACGAUGGACCUCUUGCGCCACGUCGAGUAUGCAGUCGUCAAGCAGCUCGCUAAACGCCGCGACUGUUUGCGCUGCCACAGACGACUCGUUCUGCAGUAAGCUCCUGAAUGACUGCACGAUGGCUAUCUGCCGCCGCAGCUGGUCCUCCUCGGUGGUCUGGGGCCGGUUCUGAGGGGCCAAGGUCUUACGCGUAGACAUGCAUACGCUACGCGAGCUGCUGCCUGCCUAGCUUAGCUGCUCCUGCCAAUGUGUGAGGCAGAAGACAGAGCUAAAAAUGUUGCAAAGUUGCUGAAGCGUUAAGAUGUCCAGGGGCCCGACACAUUCAGUGAGUGUCGAGCCCCUUUAUUGAAGAGCAGACUAGUUCACCCUACAGCUUGGAACGCAAUACAUGUCAUGAUUUCGUUGUAACAGGCAAUGCAUAAGGCAUAAGGCAAACGCUUCCAAUAUUUAAUGGACUCCUUUGCCAGCACUGUUUCUUUGUGUACGGCUAUACGGCUGUACGGCUUUAUGUUAAAUAAGAGCGAUCCCUAUCCUACUCGACAUUUGCUUCGACAAGGCACAGUCUGAUAAUGAAUACUUACUCCGCAAGCACCGCUCCCUCUUCAAUGGCUGGCGGUCAGGGCGUCCAGAGCUCUCCUCCAGUUCCAAGCGUGCCCGGGCGCACCCUUCGCGCAGGCGACAUAGGAUUUCUCGCACAUGAGGCUGUUCAAACAGGCGUUGACAGGAAGCACCAUAUAAAAACACACGAGGACGUUGGCAUUCGUGUUGUUAACGUUCAGAAAAAACAUCAAUUCGGCCAACUUCCAGGGGUUACUUUCAAUGAAAAGAGCUUUACAAGCUACAUCACCACCGCGACGUCGCUGCGGCGCACGAUGCAGCAGCAGGUGUCGCCUCUCCGGGGCAGCUCGCCACGGAAGGCAGCCGGCCACUAUUAGGCCAACGGCUAUACGAGCCACUAGCGGGAUGUAGUACCAGGACGUGAGGUCCCGAGCUGGCAACGCGACAGGGUGACUGAAAUAAGCAGGAUGGCUUGGGGAGUUCGCCUCCACGUGCAAGAUCCGCACGGUUCCGCUGCAUGCUACUGGAUUCAUGCAGUUCUCAGGUUUGACGAGAACCAGUGUCGGCAUCUUGUUAAACUAUACCCGCACUGGUAUGUCGUACUCGUCGCACGUGUUUUGUGCCAUUAGGCGCGUGCAACAGAGCGGGAUCGGCUUCAGAUGUAGUAGUAUCUCUCAUUUCGCUGGCUGGCUACUGGGUCCGAUGCUGUUUUCAUCGGUUGUGAGCUGCAUGGUUUUUGUACGACAGGUCGGGCCCCCGGGGUGGGUUGCAGCAGGAGCAGGAGCAGCACGGGUGCUAGUGUUGGCAGGUUUUUAUUUAUCAACCCCGUUGUUCACUUACAGGGAGAGUUCAAUCGCCGCAGGGGACACCCGUUACCGGUAUAUAGGCAGAUCGCGCACCUCAUGCUGCCUGGCAUGCCACCGAGCUACCAUUCUGUGCAUACGUGUACCUACCGUGUGAUUUGGGUGCAAUCACGAUACUAAUGAAACGCUGUGAUUUGGGUUUUCCAGGUAGGCACGGGAUGCAUAGGUGUAGAAGCUGGGCUGUGGAGGAUAGAGGAGGCUGCGAGAAGGGAACGAGCAUACCUGUGCUGGGGCUGAGGUUAUCCGUGUCGCAGCAAAGCGUGAAUAGCAUACACAGACAUUUUGUCCGUGACCUGGCUUCUGAUUGAUUUGCAGACGUGCCAGUUAGUAAAUAAGCGUGUGUGCAGACCGUGGGCCAAUGGGGGGCUGUUCGACGGUCGUGAACCGGCGAUUGCAGGGAGGGCGGGGAUGAAUAGCCCUCGUAAUUUGAUUGAUAUUGCAGGAUUCAGGCUGAUCCUGAAGGGUUUCUCAUCAUGCGGUGACGCAUGAAUGUUGCAUGAAUUGAAAGGACCGUAAGGGCGCGCGUUCAGGGGAAGGCGGAUAGAGGUGAAGCGAUCCUGUUUAUUGAGCUUUUGUUCGCUACGAUUUGCGUCAAGAGUUAAUGCGCAGCUACUGUCAUGUGAUUGCAUCUGCCAAGUAUGGGCACAGACAGGUACCCAGUUUGGAAGGAUGUGCAUUUUGAAGGCCUUUUGUUACGCGCACCUAUGUGUUAGAGGGUGUAAUGGGAGGUGUAAUAAUGCUGGCCUCUGCGGCGAUGUCAGAAAGGCUGAGUUAUGCACACGGCAGCUAGCUAGCUGGCGAUUGCAUUGCGGAAGGG